ACUGGUUUCAUCUCAUGUCAGUGCUACCCUUUUUUGACAGGUUUGUUGUUCGCCCUUGACGCCCGGCUGGCUUGUACUUCAAAAUCGUGCUAUGUCUCUUCCUUGUUUUCCAACCGUUAUGUACUCUCUUGGGGAGUUGACUGACAAUCUUCAGUCCUCAGCGCGUGGAUGCCCGGACUGGGAUCUUCUUGACAACAUACUCGGCGUGCUGUUGGUGUCUCCGUCGCUGCCCGAGAAGACCAUGGAUGUGUGCCGCCACACCUGCAGCCAACUUAUCUCUGGCGACGGUCGGUUGUCUUCACCGGUAAAUCCUCAAACCGUCCAUCGCUUGUUCAAUGUCCUUGUGAACAUCGCGAACCUUAUGCAUAGAAUUGACAACACUAUGCCGGCGACCACUGAGUGUUACAUGCGCGCCAUCGAAGUAGUGAUCCAAUCGCCGCAAUCGCCCUGCUCUACCUCCAAAGUGACCUACCAGGACUUCGUUCUAGCGGCGUGGACCAUAGGACUUGCCUUGUCCUUUGUCCGAGAGUCUCGUGUGCCACCUUACAUAGCCAGCACCCUCAAGUCAGGUGGUCAUGUUAGUAUUCUUACACGUGUAGGUAACCUGGACUUCGACGUCAUGCAAGCUGUCCAUGAUGCUGGUGACGACCUGGCGCGAGCCUUGGUCGACCCAGCGACGGGGACCCUACCCAACCUCAUCCUAUUCCCGGAGCAGAUCUUCCACCUGUCUGCUUUGCUGUUCUCGUCCCGGAAAGGUAACUCUCCCAACAUCCUCACUACGUGCCUCGCCAACUCCGCAAAUGACCAAUACUCGACGAACAUCAAGACCGCAACCGCUUCUGUACUUCUAAGUCUCGCCCGACGCUAUCAAUCUACGGACUGUACUAUGCUUCUAGGUCAACGCAAGAAAUCUUAUUUCACGAACGGACAGCAUCGCGUCAUGCUCUGCGGACUUGGCCCUGGAGAAACUGUUACCGGCCCUCAGGGUCAACCGAUGAGCGGACGUGAUAUCGCACGACUCUAUUACGAAAAGGGAUUGCAAGUCGAUCCGACGCAUCCUCAUCUAUUAUCUAACUUGGGCUCUCUGCUCAAGGACGCAGGUCAUACUACACAUGCAAUUGGAAUAUUUCACUACACGCUUUCGGUUCACCCGGACUUGGACAUUGCUUUGGUAAACAUGGCGAAUACGCUCAAGGAUACGGGCCAAUGCGCGGAAGCCGUACCCUACUAUUUACGUGCCGUUUCGGUGAACCCUAAUUUCUCUGACGCGUAUUGCGGUCUUAGCCAUUCCAUGAAUGCUGUCUGCCAAUGGGGAGAGAGAGACGUUUGGAUGCGGAAGGCGAUAGAAGUCUGUGAGAAGCAAUUAUCAGAUACCCAAGUUACGGGGCUCCUACGCACGAAGCCGUUGGAGGAAUGGAUGGCUUUGGUGCGACUUGCCUGCGGACGACCACUCUUCCCUGUUGAAGAAAAAGAAUGGAUACAGCGAUUUCAGCUGUUCUUCGCGAACGACUCAUCGGUGACGUCAGUCAAUCACAAUGAAGCAAGUUUCUUGACACGGCUCUUGGAGUGGUGCCUGUCGCGUAUGCAGCGCACUUGGUACAUCAAGUCAUAUGGUCAAGCCGUUCGCGCUGAUACGCCACAACCUUCGCUGUCACUCGCCAACCGAGUGAUCCUUCCUAUCUCUGGUGUCCUGUCAUCCCUAGGGUAUCCGAAGUUGCCCUUCAUACUACCAUUCCAUACCUUCACGUUACCGCUCACAUCUCGAACAAUACGUCUCAUUGCACACCGGAACGCUAUCAAUGCGUUCUACACUACCACAACGUAUACCAACAAAACUGCUGUCGUAUACCCGCCUCCGCCUCCUCCCGUUUGCGGGAAGCUCAACAUCGGUUAUGUGUCUAGCGACUACAAUGACCAUCCGCUGACCCAUCUCAUGAAAUCUGUAUUUUCUCUACAUAACGGCCAACAGUUCAACGUUUUUCUUUAUGCCACGAGUCCCUCGGACGGCUCUCUUCACAGACAACACUACGAACGCCAGACAGCCUUCCGUUUCACUGACGUUUCGUCAUGGUCUGCUAGUGCCAUCGUCGACAGAAUUGUACAAGACCAGAUCCAUAUCCUUGUUAAUCUGGGUGGGUACACCAAAGGAGCGAGGAACGAGGUUUUUGCAGCACGUCCUUGCCCGGUGCAGAUUUCGCUUAUGGGAUACGCCGGAACCCUGGCAGCCGGUUGGUGCGACUACUUGGUUUGCGACGAGGUGGCUUGUCCUCGGGACCUAUUCGCAACGGUUAGCGCGCGCCCGGCACGAUGUGCAUCAAGAAUAAGGGAUGACAGUUGUCCCGACGUUGGUGUUCCCGUCAAUGAAGGAUGUGACCCAUCUUCUCCAGCAACAAAUUGGAUCUUGUACCAUUCCUUCUUCGUCACAGAUCAUAAACAAUCUUACUGCCAUGAUGAGCAGGGUUUACCCUCUAACCCCGGAUCUCCAACCGACUUAUGGUUCGCCGAAAUGCGCCGACGCGAAGAAGCGCGAAUUGCCAUCUUUCCAGAUUUGCCGAAGGACGUGGUCAUAUUCGCGAAUUUUAACCAGGUAUGGGGUACUGCCCCUCUAUUCUUAAUAUUCUGGACAUGGCUCCGCAUCCUGUAUCGGGUGCCAAGGAGUAUCCUCUGGCUGCUCCGUUUCCCCGCGGCAGGCGAAGCUAACCUCAUACGAACUGCCACUGCAUGGGCUGGGCCUGAAGUCGCAUCUCGCAUUCGGUUUACGGAUGUUGCUGUAAAGGAAGUACAUAUAUAUCGAUGUAGAGUGGCAGACUUGGUACUGGAUACUGUUGAGUGCAGCGCACACACUGUCGCAACUGAUGUUCUAUGGUCUGGUACACCGAUCAUUGCAUGUGCAUGGCCAAGUCACAGGCAUAAAAUGUCGUCUCGUGUAGCAGCCAGUGUCGCGUAUGCAACAGAUCUAGGCAAGCAAAUGGUCGUACACAGUCGGGAGGAGUACGAAGAUAGAGCUGUGACGCUUGCCAAUUCCCUUCGGCGUCACGGUAUUACCAUUCAGACCCCCAGCUCGUUCCGCAAUAUCAAGGCAGGCGGGGGCUCAUCCGCUGCAGUUGACUCCGAAUUCUUGUAUAACGACGAUGGCAAAGAUUUAGGGGAGCUAAUGGAGCUUCGCAAACAGCUAUUUCUGACUCGUAGAUCGAUGCCUCUUUUUGAUACGGCGCGGUGGACGCGGAACUUGGAGAAGGGGUACGUCGCUGCGUGGAAACGGUGGGUUGAGGGGAGACAGUUUGAAUAUGGCGAGGAUACGUGUAUACGGGUUCGGGACGACGAGGAGUAGACGGAGGUGACUAUGGGAGAAGGUGUUUACGGAGUGGCGAGUCGGAAGUGGCGCCGAUGCGUCGGUGUCCUUGUUAAUGAUCCCGAGACGCUGGCGCGUCGGCGUUGGUAUUGUAUCAGUGAAUACGACGUCUAAUAAUUCACGUAUGUUGUUUCUAUAUCCUGUUUAUUCCACGUAGCUCCAAAGGUCGCCUACUAUCUAGUCAGACUGGAGGGUGGUUUGUAAUGCCCAUCAACGACGCCGAUGGAAAGGAAUCAUGCCCGUCCCGCUCCGCUCCGUUCCGUCUCGGAUAUAGCCGC